AUGUCUGCUGUGGAAGGUGUCGUCUCCAGACAAACCUUCGGAACCCGCACUGGCGUAUCGCGCUCCAUCAUGGAGUUGGGCUUCAAUGAAUGCGACGAAUUAGAAAUGUUCGAUACCGUCAAGCCACUCCCGGGAUUCAACAUCGUAGAUGCGGAUGUUAAGGAACGCUCGCCAGGAUCGUUUAUGCAUGUCAAAGAGGGCUAUAUCCUGGUGACAGGACUACACAAAGGCGAAUGGAAACGUUGCUUGAUGGAUAAAGACGAUACCGAAAGGGACUGCUUUCUUUUGCCAUGCAUGAUUUCUGAUGUGGAUGUCGAAAGAGACGAUACGCAUUCCAUCCUUCGUCAAUUCAAAAGGGCUGAUCAUGAGAGUGACGAGGAUGAAAGGAAUAGCGUGGAUGGAGAGAAUACGGAAGACAUAGGAGACCAGGGCGACGAAGAGGAGAUGAGAAUCAAGGAGCAAACUCAUGAAUCGUAUCAUAUGGAGGGGCAUGAUGAUGAGCAUAGCGAUAAAAGCAGCAGUAAAAGGAGUAAGAGCGAUGAUACGGGUCGUGAGGGAAACCAGAGCGACGAUGAACAACCUAACAGAAAACGAAGCAAGCAUACUGAUAGUUCAUCGGAAGUAGAGGAUGUUUGUCGUAUCUAUAUGCUUGUCUUGGAGGAACUCUUGCCAGGGGUCACAAAAAGUGACGACAACGACAACCGCGACAAAGACAAGAGAAAUGAAGUCCGAACGUUCAGACGAGUUGGCCUUGCCUGUUGGAAGGUAUCGAUGGCCCAGAUUCACAAGCUUCCAAAUGUAGAACGCGUCAGGAUCGAAUAA